AUGGAGUCCGAGGCCAACUACGCCCUGGCCAAGUGGUCCGUCAGCCUGAACUACCAGUUCACCUUUGCGCAGAGCAACUCCGUCGAGGAGCUCCAGGAGCGCACCAUGACAAAGACCAUCACGGUGGCGCCGCAUACCAUGGCCGUCGCGUGGGCCAAGAGGGUGGUAAUCCAAGCGACUCGUUCCAAUGGGACCAAGAUCAACAACGACGUCUCGUUGAUUGCUAACAACGAGAUUGACGUGACGGAAAUCCCGGUAAGGUACUUGUACCUCGGUCCUGCUCGGCCCGAAGUCAGCUCCGACACGACAUCUACUUAG